CGCCCCUUCCGCCCAGCUAUUUAACGCUGUGGGUGGCUGUCCUCCUGUCAGUCAGAGGAGGUGCAGGGCGACUCCUAGUCUGCUUCAGCCGCCUGCGGGGGGAGGACUGUGUUGAACUGUUUAGGUGUAAGAUGUCGGGAAGUAACUUGGGCGACGGAAGCGAGGAGCAGGUGUCUGGCGCUGCGGUCCUCGCCCAGGCCCUGAAAGCGCAAGAUGUGCAGUACAUGUUUGGCAUCGUAGGCAUCCCAGUGACCGAAAUCGCCGUGGCCGCUCAGCAACUGGGCAUCAGAUAUGUGGGGAUGAGGAAUGAGCAAGCGGCUUGUUACGCUGCCUCUGCGGUUGGAUAUCUGACAGGCAGGCCGGGAGUAUGCCUUGUUGUUUCUGGCCCAGGUCUCGUGCACGCCUUGGGUGGUAUGGCAAAUGCAAACAUGAACUGUUGGCCCUUGAUUGUGAUUGGUGGUUCCUCUGAAAGAGGUCAGGAAACAAUGGGAGCCUUCCAGGAGUUUCCUCAGGUUGAAGCUUGUAGAUUAUAUAGCAAGUUCUCUGUCCGGCCAAGCAGCAUAGAAGCCAUUCCAUCUGUUAUCGAAAAGGCUGUAAGAAGCAGUAUUUAUGGUCGUCCAGGUGCUUGCUAUAUUGACAUACCUGCAGAUUUUGUGAACCUUCAGGUGAAUGUGAAUUCUAUAAAGUACGUGGAGUGCUGCAUGCCACCUCCUGUUAGUAUGGCUGAGACUUCUGCUGUGCAGAUGGCAGCAUCUGUUAUUAGGAAUGCCAAACAGCCCCUUCUUAUCAUUGGGAAAGGUGCUGCUUAUGCCCAUGCAGAGGAGGGAAUCAGGAAAUUGGUGGAGCAAUGUAAAUUGCCAUUUUUGCCCACCCCCAUGGGAAAGGGUGUUCUCCCUGACAAUCAUCCAAACUGUGUAGCUGCUGCCAGAUCCAGGGCUUUGCAAUUUGCUGAUGUAAUCGUGUUAUUUGGUGCCAGAUUAAAUUGGAUAUUGCAUUUUGGACUGCCUCCAAGAUAUCAGCCAGAUGUGAAGUUUAUCCAGAUUGAUAUCUGUGCAGAAGAAUUGGGGAAUAAUGUAAGACCUGCUGUAACUCUGCUAGGAGAUAUAAAUGCAGUCACUAAACAGCUUUUAGAACAAUUUGACAAAGCACCGUGGCAGUAUCCUCCAGGGAGCAAAUGGUGGAACACACUGAGAGAAAAAAUGAAGAGCAAUGAAGCUGCAUCCAAGGAAUUAGCUUCCAAAAAAUCCUUGCCUAUGAAUUAUUACACAGUAUUCUACCAUGUUCAAGAACAACUACCUAAAGACUGUAUGGUGGUAAGUGAAGGAGCAAACACUAUGGAUAUUGGACGCACUGUGCUUCAAAACUACCUUCCUCGUCACAGGCUAGAUGCUGGUACUUUUGGAACAAUGGGAGUUGGUUUGGGAUUUGCCAUUGCAGCUGCUAUCGUGGCUAAAGAUAGAAACCCGGGACAGCGGGUCAUCUGUGUGGAAGGAGACAGUGCAUUUGGGUUUUCUGGCAUGGAAGUGGAAACCAUCUGCAGGUACAACUUGCCAAUUGUACUUUUGGUGGUGAAUAAUAAUGGAAUUUACCAAGGUUUUGAUACAGAUUCCUGGAAGGAAAUGUUAAAAUUUGGAGAUGCUACUGCUAUGGCACCUCCAAUGUGUCUUCUGCCAAAUGCACAUUAUGAGCAGGUCAUGACUGCAUUUGGAGGCAAUGGGUAUUUUGUACAAACACCGGGAGAACUCCAAGAAUCCCUGAGGAAAAGUUUGGCAGACAGAACUAAGCCCUCUCUUAUCAACAUCAUGAUUGAGCCCCAAUCCAUGCGGAAAGCUCAGAUACUGCAUUUUAAGACCUUCCACCAGCAAAAAGAUUACAACUUGCCAAAAGCUCAGAUGAUGGUUAAUAUUUUUAGCAAUAAAAAUACUUUUAAGUUGAGGUAUGUACAUUGUUGUUUUUUUCUUAGACAUAAUGUGGUUGCACACUUAACUAGACUACAAUAUAGUAUAAACAUAACAUGUAUAUGCACUGGGAAACAAAAAAACUUGUGUGACUCUAUUGUGAUAUUGCUUUCUUGUAGUGGUUUGGGACUGAACCUGGAAUGUCUCCAGGAUAUGCCUGUAUUUUAAAAGAAUAUGAGAAAUGGAAAAGUAUCUCUUAUAUUCAGGGGCAUUCUUGUUUAUUUUCUGCAAUUUUGUAUGAAUUGGAGCAUAAGACUUUAAAGUUAAGCUUGUUUACACCAUUCUUAUCAGAUUUUUCUAUUGGCUAGUUAGGGGCGUAUAUGACCUCUACAAAUUGAUGGACUAUAGCUUUGUGAUGUGCACCUAGGAGAUACUUGCAGGGAUCUGUGGUUUUACCUGACAACCCUGAAAUCGGGCCCAGUAGGCAGGGACUCUUAAUGUACUUCUAAGAUAUGCACCAGAGAGCCUGAGCUGCAUAAGAGCACAGAGAAUAUCCAAAGAACUAUUGAGAGUGGGAAGCUCAUGUAACCUCAUCAAUAUCCUCUUCUGUCCAUGGUCAUUUGCCUUUGGCAGCCGAGUGCAAUAUAAGAUUUUGCUGUAAGGUAGUGUGGAGGGCUUAAUGAGUAUUAGUAAAUUGAACUAUAUGAAUCUAAAUACUAAAUAUAAUUUGGGGGAAAUGCUCUUUCCCUGGCCAUAUUAUCUCAAAAAAAACAAAACAAAAACACAAUGUGUUGGCAGGUUAUACUGUCCAGCAGAGGGCAGCCUGGGCAUAUAAAGACCAGAUUAGUCCAGUAGCACUUUGGUGACAAGUCUGUUGAAUGCUUAUUUGGUAAAAGUGAUCUCAAAAUUAGUCUCCUUACAGGAAUUUUUCUUUAGAAGAAUAAGAUAUUGAACAAGCCCCUCAAAAAUGAAUUUCUUGGUUGGUAGUCAAAACUCACUUGGAUAAAAUAUUUUACACCCCCUAUUAUAAUAAUAAAUACUCUUAUGUGAUUCUAGUAUGUUGAUACUCAAGUGCCUCAUAAAAACUGAACUUUGAAAGAUUAUGGCUGUUUUCUUGAUUAAGAAAAACUAGAGUGGGAAUGGUUAGCUUCUCUAAUAUUCUUUAUAAAAUCUUUCAUAUUUCAUGGGGUUGUUUGGGGACUCAAAAAGCUAUCCAGAAGCUCCUAGUCUAAUACCUGGCCCAUGGAAGGCACUCAGCAAAUGCCACUGUGUUUUAGGAAGAUGUGACCUUAGAGAAGAGGAGAGUACUGGCUGGAAUUACUUCCUGUUUAGCAGUGUGGUUUCACUUUUCAAGUAAGUGGGUCUUACUUCUCCAAGAAGAUUAGUCAUUUCCUGAAGGAAAACAAAAAACAAAAACAAAACAAAAACAGGCUCUGUUUUCACUUCCUAAUAGAGCCACCUGGUCUGCAGGGGUUCACUAAAUAAUAGUUUAAUGAGAAUUCAUGAUGGUUGAAAGUAGUAGAUAUUUUCUAUGGUUAUUUCAUACAUGAACCUUUUAAGUGAGGAUAUUUUCCUUACAAAAAAACAGUUUCAAAUCUGUUACAGAAAUAAUAGGAAUAUUGAACACUGAAAGAAAGUGAAAAUAAUAUUAAAACCAAAAGUAUUUCUAUUUCUUUACUGUUUUUCAGACACUUAGGCAGGCAGUGGAUCAGUAAAUAAAUGCAAAUUUGGAAUGACGAGGAUAGAAUUGAUGAGUGUAUUAAGAAAGUUGGGUAUCAGUUCAAGUCCAGAUGGGAAUUAUGACUGAGGAACCCUGAUAAAACUGCUGACUGUGGAGAGUGAAAUGUAGAUAGAUGAAGUCUGAAUCAUCUAGUGUUUUCUGGUUGCAUUUGCUACUACUAAUCUGAAAAUGGACUAAUGUGGGUAAUGGAAAUUGAAGAUCCUAUGUAUUCCUCCUGUAGAUAAGGUACAACUAAAAACACACCUUG